GACUCCCACUCUCCGGGCAGCACAGACGGACCAUUAUGUGGCGGGGUACCAGCUGGUACCACGGGCUCCUCAUCCUCCUCAGGACUUCAUUUGUUGCUGCCUCUGAAAUCAGGACAUGGAAGUGAAAUUGAAGAGCAAACCUGAUAAUGUUCUCCUCGGAUGUGUGGCUGCCGUCUGCUUUUGUACAGUUUGUUGGGCUCAAAGACUCUGCACGGUACCUCCUGGACCCGUGACCAUCCCGGAAAACAACACAGCGGACGUCCAGGUGGUUAAAAUAAUCUCUAGCAGCGAUGUGAGCAUGAGCGUUGCAGUGAACCCUGACGAUCUGUUCUACAUCAGAGGAAACAUCCUGAUGGUGAAGAGAGGACUGGACUAUGAGUCUUUACUCAGUCCAACUCUGGUGGUUUGGGUCAGGUGCAGCAGAGCCGGCGCCAGAACUGUGAAUGAGUCUGUUGAAGUUCUGGUAGAAAACAUGAACGAUAACCCACCAAACUUUGCUCAGAACCACUACGUGUUGGACCUAAAUGAGUUGCUGCCGGUUAACUCCAGCGUUGGACUGAUUGAAGCCACCGAUGUAGAUUCAGAACCACUUUAUUAUCGCUUAGAGCCUGCAACGGACAAAUAUUUCCGUCUGGAGAAUAUAAACACACCAAGAAUACUUGUGAGAAGCCUCCUGGAUUAUGAUGUUGUCCAGAAGAUCUCUCUGUUGCUACAUGUACAGGACACCUUUAACGGUUCAGCCUCUGACGAGCCAUUCUUCACCUCUGUGGCCACCAUCACGGUUCAUGUGAAGGACGUGGACAACCGCCCCCCGUGGUUUCAGCCCUGUCUCAGGGCAAAUUUAGGAAAUGCCAAAUUGUGUGUGAGCAGCGGCUACAGAGGCAAAGUUAACCUCACAGAGAAGGAGGAAGGCCCAUUGGUUCUGGAGCCUGGACCGGUGUUUGCCAGGGAUGGAGACAAGAACCGGAGCGAACAGAUCAGCUAUAAAAUACUGAGAGGAAAUGAAGGAAAUAUUUUUCAAAUUGAUGAAGAAACGGGGAACAUCACGAUGACUAAAGCUGUGGAUAUCGUUGGCCCAAUCAUCCUGACUGUUCUGGCAUCACAGGUGACCAACAGAGAUCAGUUUGCAGUCACACAGGUGACCUUCGAUGUGAUGAAGAAGAGCAGGAAUCCUCCUCGAUUUGAGAGGGAGAGAUAUGAAGGAUUUAUUUACACCAGCUCCAUCCCAGAGAGCAUGAUACUCAGAGACCGAAGCACCAACCGACCCUUCAGGGUCCGAGCCCGGGACGAAGACUUCGCCGGUGGUGUGAACCCAGAUAUGAAGUACGAGGUUCAGUACAGCAGCUACGUCAACGUGACCUCUGAAGGGUUUGUGAUUCUGAAGAGGGUCGUAAAGACCGAGUCCUUUGCACUUCAGGUCCGAGCGGUGGACUCAACAACAGGCGAGUUUGGAACUGCAGCGCUCUCAGUUCAGGUCCUACCUGCCAUCGCCAGUCCAUCCCCCUCCAAUGUGGGCUACCGACCAGGCGACAUGGCGCUCCUGGGCCUGGUCAUGGCAGCUCUCCUGGUCCUCUGCCUUAUUGUGAUUGGCUUCUUGAUUUCUCGCUUGUGGAAGGGAAAAGCAAGCUUUGACAAAAUAUGUGAGUGCCUGGGCCCGUGCCUGCAGGCAGAACAGCCUCGGUCUGGCCACAGAGACUCCCUGCAGUUCACCAACGACGGCUUCCAGAACGAGAGUGACCCAAACCGAGGGAGUAGACGCUGGAACAUUGUCCCCAGACGCAGCACCUUCCCCCAGCCCAUGAGCCGGAUCCUUCCUCUGGACAGGCGAAGCCGUCACUGCUCCACCUGUGGGGUCUUCACCAACCACGUCCCGAAGGGAAGCCCAGCAGUGAGGAGGGGUGGAGGAGACAUGGAUGAUUACAGCAUGAGGUCGAUCCUAGCAAAGCAACGCCGCAGGGAGGGCCAGAAGACGGUGUGGUUCAAGGAGAGUGAGGACUCUUCGGACAUUGAGGUGGAAAUCAUUCCGGACUCCGUGGGCCGAGUGGAGGAGGAGACUGAGGAGGAGCUGGAGGUGGAGAUGGAAGGUGUUAUCAGAGACCCAGCUGCACCACUGACGGAUCCAGAAGGAGUGCAGAAAAACCAGAACAAUGAUCCCAACAGGGAGCAGAAUCCUGGAGACACAAGCUCAGACAAAGAGAAGGGAGAGCCAGAGGAGGAGCGCUGACGGAAAAGGUCAGACUGAACAGACGGCUGCUGGUUUUAUUAUGCCUUCCUGGGCAGUUCAGGAGGACAUUUCCACCACCUGACUUGCCAAUCAUUAAAUACAGACUGUAGGAUUGGUGUUGAUCUGUUACUGUGACUAGUCUAGAAUCCAGCAUCACCAGACAACCUUAAACACACCUAUUGAUGAGUGUCACCUAGCUGGCCAGCUUGUGGUUAACAUCUCACUAAUGUCAGCCUCCAUCAGACUGUGUGGCCAUUUCAAAGAUUUUAUUGUUGUAAAUUUCACAAAAUGUUAUUUUUUUCUUUUAGUUUGAAGUGCAGCUCAGGUCCCAAAAUGCUAACAUUUGUAGUUCGUAACAUCGUCUUUAUGUUUAUCUGGCGUGUUAAACCUUUAAUGAUGUAAGACAAACAUGGUUACCUUUCUUGUUGGUUGAUUUAAGUGGGUUGUAGGGAAUAAAAUACAUUUGGAGCACU